GCUUACUUUACCGCGGAGGCAAGAGAAAACCGCAUCAGUUAGCAAGAGAGACUUAACACGAGAGGUUCGGAAUAAGCCUUAAGCGAUUACUUGCUAUAGUCAAGCAAAAAAAAAACUUUAUUCUCAAAACAAAUACUAUUUUUUUCUACAAAUAAUUAUACACACGAAUUAACAAAGAAUCAUCAUCAUUGCUAAAGAAUAAUUACCAAAGAGAAUUUUUUAUUGCAAAUCAUCAUUAACAACAAAUAUUGAUCAUCAUCAAUUUUAAUAAUUACGUGAAUUAGUGAGUGUUCAGUGAAAUCAUUGCCAAAUAUUUCAAAAAAAAAAGAAAGAAAUAUUUUUUUAAAUAUAAUUAAAAUUCCUAAAUUACCAAUAGAUUAAAAAAAACAAAAAUUUGAAAAUCAAAAUCAAUUAUUAUUUUUCUGGUAAUGAGAAACUGUGAUGGUGUUUUAUCGUUCAUUGCUGUAUGAAUUUCAAAGAAAUCUACCCCCUGUGCAAUCGAAAAAACGUGAUUUUUGUGAUUUUGUGCCUGGCAGCUUUAUACGUUCAUUUGUAUUUGCAACCACCAAAACCAACAAUUAGUAAACGAUUAUAUUUUUGAGAAUUGUUUUUUUUUUUUUUUUUUGAGUAUUUUAAUCACAUGUUGUGAGUCAGAGGAACAUAUUCUUUUUUCUCAAAAAGGAAAAAAAGAAGGGGGCCAAUUAGUCGAAAAAAAAAGAAGUAAAUGAUUGGAGGAACUAUGGUUCUCUGAUCUAGGCUUUCAGUAAGAAUGAGGAAAGUGACUUGUGCUAUCUUAUUUCUAUUUGUAUUUGAAACAUGUGCCAUCCUCAAUUUUUCCUGGGCUACAAAACCGACCAACAAACGAAAUGUCAACGACAAAGAAUAUCAGAAUCAACAACCAAUGGUAGUUGAACUUCUGGAGGAAGAAUAUCCCGAUGAAUAUACAAAUCAAGAAUCAGACAUUUCCGGUCAAUCAAUCGGCAGAUGGAGAAGCACAGGAAAAGCCCUGGAACCAAAAUGGCGUGAUGGCGAUUCAAUUCCACUUGUUCCAUUUCGUACGGUAACAAUAUCGAGUAAGCCGACAAUAAAAAAAAAACAAAAUUCCGAUGAUAUUGAAAAUAUGAAAAAUUAUUCCACCGCUCAACGUUCAACUCAUUGGCAAUCGCAGAGACAAGAAAAAAGUACAAUAAUCACAAAUGAAUAUAAUUACAAUACAAGUGAAAAGCCCGAACGUCAAAAUAAUAAUUAUCCAAAUAUUCGUAAUCAUGAAAUUCGUCUUUCCCGAAGAAGAAAACCACCACAAUUUGAAAAUGAUGAUAAACAACAAGAAAUAUCAUUAAUAAAAUGUCUCAACGAAACAAAAGAUUUACAUGAGAAUAAUAAUAAUCAAAAAAAGGAAAGUAAACCAAUGACCAGAACACAAAAACUUCCCCACAAUACUAAUGACUAUCUCGAAGGAGUUGCAUUACGUUAUCGUGAAACAUUUCAAAAUUAUCCAAGCGAAUACGAAUUAAAUGACGAAUAUCAGAGACCUCGAUCUCGAAAAAGAAGACCACCACAAAAUGACGAUUUUAUCGAAUUUAAAUCUUCGCCAAUUUCGUCGUCAACGGAAAAAAGUACAACUUAUUCCACAACAAGAUCACAAAGAAAACAAGAAAAUACACGACGCAAUAAUCUCAUUAGAACAAAUCACAAUAGGACCAUUAUCAAAUCACCUAAUGACAAGUCAUCCGAGAAUUCCGAAUUGAAAUCACUUUUAAAAAUGCAACAAAUAGAAGGUUUGAGUCUUUCGGAAAUUCUUCAAAGAAGAAAUUUAACAUUAUCUGAUCUUUUGCAAGGUAAAGCGGACGUUAUCAAUUUAUUAAAAUCCAAACAAAACGAAGAGGAGGAAUUAAAUGCAAAAUCAAAUUCCAUUGAAAUGAUGAAAAUAUCAGCAUCGUCAACAAUAACUGCAUCAGCGAUCAAUGAAAAAAUACCUCAAAUUUUAACCUCCAAUAAACCAAUAAUUCCAUUUAGAAAUUUUGUCAAAAAAAAUGAUCCACUAUCAACGUUUCGUGCCACAAGUACUCAUUCGUUUCGAAAAAUAUUACCAACACAGGAAAGUCGUCAAAUAAUUCAUCCAACCGAAUCAAUGAAUAUUAAAAUAAAACAAUCAUCAGAAAUUCCAAUUAUUGACACAACAGAAAUUUUAAAUCACAACGAGAAGGACAAAACGAAAAUUAUAUACGACGAAGAUGAAAUAAUGGAAUUUUCCGAUUUUACUGGUAAAAAUUCAGAAACAAAUAGAACUGAAAAAGAAAUAAUUAAUUCCGAUUCAGAAACAACAUUAAGCAUUGAACAUCUUUUGAGCCCGACAAUUCAAACUGAAAUAGAGUCCAAGGAAGAGACAAACAAAUUUUUGGAACAAUCAAAAGAAAGAAUACAAUUGGAAAAUAAAAUUCCACACUCCGAACAGGACGAUGAUAUCAAUAGCAGUAAAGAGUCAAAUUCUUUUGAAAUUGAAUAUCAAAAUGACGAUAUAAAAAUUCCUAAUUCUGAAAAUAGAAAAAUGUUCAUAAACACUGAUACAAGUAAUUCAUACGAGGAAAACGAUUCAAUUAGUCAAGAGAAAAAAAAAGAAUCAACAAUUUUAAAUCAUCGAAAUGAUGAUGAAAUUUAUUUUGAAAUGGAACCAGACGCAAGAGCAGAAAUUCUUGAAUUAUUUAAUUCAGGCACAUCGGCAACAAAAUUAGAAAUUCUUUUAAAAGCGAGAAAUAUGAGUAUCGAUGAUUUAAUAGCCCUAAGAGAAAGAGGCUCAAGUCAUCUUCAUUUAGCUCAAGUCUCUCAAAAUAAAUUCAAAUCAUCAUUAAAAAAUGAUGAAAUUCCCACAGAGGUGAAAAUUAUUAAACCAGAUUGUCCUCCAAAUCACGAUAUCAAAGAAUUCAUUGAAUGGAUGAAGGAGAAAAAAGAAAUUAAAAAUGAACCACAAAAAGAAAUUCUUCAUAUUAAAGAAUUCGAAACCCUACCACCGGUUUGGUCAACAAACUUUGGAAAUUCUCAAGAAAUAAUUGAACAAAAAAUCAGUGAGGAAAAAAAUAAUUCUAAAGAAAUUAAUUUAGAUACUGAAUUUAAUUCACAACGUGAAAUUAAUUUAGAAAUAAAUGAUGAUUUUAUGAAUAUUUUAUCACAUUUCAAAUCGUCGGAACCUUAUAAUAAUGAGGAGAAUUCAAAAGUUUAUACAAAUAAAGUGCCAUCGUUGAUAAAUUUAUCGGAAAGAAAAAAUAAUACAGUGAUACCAAUUGAAGAUGGUCAUGUACGUGAAAUUGUGAGCGAUAUUUCGAAUACUUUUAAUAAUAUUUUUAAAUUAAAUAACGAGGAAGGUGGUAAUGAGGAAAAACAUUCAAUUUCACGCGUUAGAACAAGUAUAAUUGUCAGUGGCGCAAUACUUGGUGUUACUAUUAUUGUUUUUCUUGGUAUUUUCAUUGUUUGUCGUGCACGUCAAAAGAAAAAAUAUACGUACAAUAAUACAUUUUCAAGAGCCGUUUUUCAAAGUCCUGUAUUGGCGGCAAGAAAAUUGUCAAAUACCAGUAGUUUAAAUACAAUAAUGGUAAAUGUUGUUGCCACAUCGACAACAAAAAGGCCUGAAAAAUCUGGUUAUCAUGAAAAUGAUGAUGAUUUUGAUAUUAAAAGUGAAAUAGAACAUGAUUCACUUGAUGCAAAUGAUAGCUGGGAAACGAUACCUGAUUUUAUGAAAUAAAUUUCUAAAAACGUGUUUUAAAAAAAAUAAAAAAAAAAACAAAUAAAAAA